CGCUUGGUGUGCUAUACAGAAAGUUCAGGGUUGACCGUAUUUAAGCUACGACUGGUUUGUUGAGAAAAAAAAAAGUUAGCUUGUUUUGAUAAGAGCAAGGCUCUUCCGCGCUUUUUAAUGUUCCAGCUGCUGAUGUGCAAGGGCAAAUAAACUGCAACUUUAUGAAAGAAAGCUAAAUUCGACAUAAAAUGCCGAAAAAAAAGAAAAGUGCAGCGCAGAGCCCCGCGAGGACUUGUGGAAAUGCCAGCGACAGCAGCACGCGUACUAGCACCGAGCUAGACCUAGCAAGCAGUGCUGGAGGGUUUGAUUGCAGGGUGUCCUCACACUCCCACAGCUCUGGCAAAGAAGGCAUUGCGAACAGCAUGUUGGAGAUGUUUUCUCAUCUGGAUUCGGAAGUGAUUUAUAUGGUACUAUCUGAAUGCGACUUUAAAGCUGAAGUUGCGAUGGAUAUUUUGCUUGAGCUGUCCAAUGCUGCUGAAGGAGCCGCCCCCCCUGCACCUCUGUCAGGGUUUGAGUCUGCCACUGUCGGGACAUAUUUAACAGAGGAUUAUGAUUCUUUAAUAGAGUACGAGUUUGAGACGAUCUUUAAAAGGCCACAGCCUUCACAUUUACCAUCCAGUGCUUCCAGUUCUAGUAAUGAGUUGCCCGAACUUAUCAAAUCUAGCUUGUGCAACUAUUCUACAGACGAUCAGCACAUUUCUACUGAAGAGCAGCCAGCUGACAACACACCGCAUCAUGGGAACUUGAAUUUAGCUGCCCUUGCAGGUCAGAUCUCAUCACAGCCUGAUCAGGCCAGUUCCUGUGGUUCCAUGUUGACUGACUUUAGUUAUUUAGUAAAGGAGGUGGAAAGUGACAAACCCCCUUUAUCCUUUUCUGACGAUGUCACAUCUGUGGCCUUCAAAAGAUCAAAAUAUAAUGGCAAUCCCUUUUCCAUGAAAAGUAAGACUGUUUCAAGGGACGCCGACAACAACAGAGCUUUUGGGGGAUUUCCAUUUACAGAACCAGCCACUCCGCACCAUCAGCACAGAGUAAAUGGUAACAGUGGUACUAAUGACCGGAUUCAUUUCAAAAUGCCCAGUACAGAGAAAAACAUACAGGCAGCCACGGGCAAUGACAAUGACUGCAAUAGAUGGCCCUCUGAAGUUCACUUUCCUGGACCACACGUGUUUAUCACACCUGUCGCAAUGAGCCCGGUAUGGAGGUCUGGUCUUAACUUGAGAUCCUCCGGGAGGGCAGCUCCUCAUCUCAGCUCUGGAGCUUUUACCCCAGCAUCAUGGGGAGGCCAGCAUGGGACUCAGCCAGUGUCCGCCCCAGUGAGACCUCCACUGCAAGGCUCUGCCAAGAGAGCUGUGCUUGUGGGCAAAGUGCUAGUGCUGUUGAGAGGAGCCCCGGGCUCCGGAAAAUCAACUUUGGCCAGGAAUCUGUUGGAACAAAAUCCCACUGGGGUUAUUUUAAGUACAGAUGACUACUUCCUUUGCGAUGGACAUUACCAGUAUGACAGGACUGCCCUUGGGGAGGCUCACGAAUGGACCCAGAAGCGAGCUAAAGAAAGCUUCAAGAAAGGUCUUUCUCCAAUUAUAAUCGACAACACCAACAUUCAAGGUUGGGAAAUGAAACCGUAUGUUGCUCUGGCUCUCCAGUAUAACUACAAGGUGAUGUUUCGUGAGCCAGACACAUGGUGGAAAUAUAAACCACGGGAACUGGAAAGACACACUAAGCAUGGCGUUCCUAAGGAAAAGAUCAAAAGAAUGCUGGAGCAUUACCAACGUUAUGUUACUGUGCAAAAUAUAAUGGGUUCUACAAACCCUAAGGCAACUGAACAGAGAAAAGAUGUGCAGCCUUCACAAGAACAGGAAGGACCCGAUGAAGGUAGCAACACAUUAAUGAAACCCGAUGUCGUUGAAGAACCGCACUUCAGACCGCAGCCAGCCAACAAUGACUUCAAAGUCAAAUCAUUACCUGAUGUGUCAUCAGUGAAAGAAAAUAUCAAUACAGAUGACGGCACAUAUAGGAGCAGCUCUAAUACUCACUAUUUAAGUAAUGAUAGUGUACGGGUAGAAGGCCAAUCACAAUACCCAACUGUAGAAGACAAAUUAAAAGACAAAGGCUCUACUGAUGUAGCAUUAUGUUUAGAUUAUGAAACCAGUAGUAAAGGAAUAGACAGUAGAAAUAAUGAGGCCCUAUCUGACAACACAGGGGGAUUUGCUGCAAGGGAGGUUCCAGUAGCUUUCUGUGAAUCUAUUGGCCAGAGAGUUAGGUGGCAGAGGCGACGGAAUCAAGACGAAGAUCACCAAAGUGAUUUAAUGACACAUGAAGCUGUUAUGAAGUCUGAUCAGAGUAAUUCUGAAGAUGACAAUGCAAGCGAUGGGAAUAACUUUACAAGGCCAGAGUUACUUAGCUUUGUUGGAGACUGGCCUACACAUCAGAUACUGGGACAGAGAAACCAAAGAUCAAGGGGGUCACAGGCAUCACAGUGUGCCAGGGAAGAAACUGAAAGCCAUAUAGAUAAAAGAAAAGAUCAGAUGGGGAUAGAACUCAAGAAACUUCUAGACCUUCUACAAGACACAGCCAAAACGUCCAAUAGUGAGCAAUGUGAAGCACCAACCGGAGAUGUUCUUGAACAAGAAGGAUCUGCAUUGUGUUCAGAGCUUGAAAAAUUCAACCUGGAAAGCAAUGUGAACACUGAAGAACCGUGUAGGUCUUCUGAAACAAGUGUCAAAUUGGAGGAUUGUAGACCUGAGCUGUUAAACUUUGUUGAAGAUUGGCCUACUACUGCUUCAUCAAGGGAGCGUCAGCAGAGACUGAGAAUCGAAAAUGUUGAAGAGCACCCAAGUGUAGAAGAGAAAAAAGAGCUAGUGGCAGUCAAGGAAAGUAUAACAGUUGUUGAUAUCGGUGAAAGUGAUUCAAACAAAAGCAGUGACUCUGUAGGGGAGGUGCAAAGCUCUUUAGAUCGGAGUGAGUCACAAAUCGCAUGCACAAUUCAGCCUGUGAUAAAAGACGUUCGACCUCAGAAUAGUCGAGACAAAAAGUUUAAGCACAUUAGAAGAUCAGGCAAACAGUGUAAAUUGGCCCUAACUUUUACAAACAACAGUCCCACUUCCCUGAAAUCCGUUGAUGAAUCUCCUAAAACUCCCCCGUUUGAUGAAGUAAUCCCUGACUCUGUAACUGUUUCAACACAGGCCACUUCUGAAGAUUUUGCAUUUCUGUGGAGGGUUGAGAACCAAAAAGUGGAUGCAUCUGGAGUAAAAGUACUUCUUGGGAAUUCAAAUAAAUUUGAACCCAAGUGUUUGGACUCCGCAGUAUUACCUGAGCUUCAGCAAGUUCCAUAUAGAGUCGACCACGAUAAAGGCACACAGGUAGAAGAAACUGAAUUUGAUACAGAUGACAAACAUCAUAAUCUACAGAUCCUCAGUGAGCACUUUAAAUCCAUUUCUUUCGAUAUCUUACAAGACUUGUAUGAAAAAUGCAAUCAGGAUAUGGAGUGGACUACAAAUCUGUUAUUGGAUUCCGGUGAGCAGCUGUACAAAGAGGAUGAGGUUGUAUGCACAGAUCUGGAAAAUGCAGAAACUGUUGAAUCACCCACAGGUGUUUCCCAAAUACCCCUGGACGCUCUUAACCAGGAGUCCUCAAACUUAAGCAUUUUAAAUGAGCAUUCUGCCAGUUCUGCAGAUAAUCUUGAUGAUCAAGAGGUCCUAUCGGAAGGUCAGCCGGAAUUUGGGAUUGAGAACCCUGCUGAUGGUGGUUCUGUUAAAACCGACCUUUCCAUUGGACUUGAGGACUGCACAAGACAACUGAGUGUAGAGGGAGGGAAUUCUGACUGUCAGACAGCCAUGGAGGCCGGUACAAAUAAACUGAUGCCUGAGCAGUGUAAACAAACCGUCGGCGAAGACCCAACGUUAAAGGACAGCUUGGAGGCAGAAGCACAGUGUGCACUUUCAGAUGUAGCAGAAACCAGAGAGGGGCCAGGCAGCCUGGACCUGUCAUUGUUAUUGGAGUUACCGUCUGGAGAAAGUGAAGGGGAAAGCACUGAGGUACUGAAGCACCCUGCAGAGAAUCAGGCCAGCUCAACAUUGUCUUCAAGACCUGAAGAAAUGCCAAAACAGCCAAGCCAGAAGUCUUUAGGAUCCUUGAAUAUCCAGUCCUUAGAGCUGUGUUUACCUCCAGAACUGGCUUUCCAACUCAGUGAUCUCUUUGGACCAGUUGGAAUUGAUCCAGGUACUUUGUCGUUAGAGGAUUGUGUUGUCCAGAUAGACCUGAAUCUUGCUAAACUCAUACACCAGAAGUGGAAGGAAGCCAUACAAGAGCGUCAAAAACAAGAGGUUCUGUCUUACCAGCUACUUCAAGAAAGUAAGUGCAGCUGGGGUGGCGCUUCUGUCCCUGGGGCUGACGGUGAUAAUGCUUUUGGCCAGUGGGAGUCGUUGGAAGGGUUGCCCUUUAUGGAUCACUGGAGUGCUCAGGCACCCCAUGUCUCUCUCAAGGCCAUUAUGUCUGAGGAGAUGGCCUUGCAGGAGCAGUACAAGAAGGCUAAAGCGAAUCCUGUCUUGGGUAGAAAAGAUGGUGCCUCCAUGCUAAAAGAGAAACAGCUUUUUGAUACGUUUCCCAACAUUGAUCGUCAUUUCCUUAUAGAUAUCUUCAGGGAUAAUAACUAUUCCCUGCAGCAGACUGAACAGUUCCUGAAGUCUUUGCUUGACGAAGGACCUGUAAAAACGGUUGUAGCCCAAGGUUCCGUCCAUCGCAGCGAGACUCCCUGUCCGCAAAAGGAAAAGAAGCGAGCGAAGGAGGCCAAGGCGGCAGCAGUACACUUGCUGUUCCAGGACACAGAGGACCCUGAUUACGAUGAUUACAGGACUGAAGCCUUGAUUCAGCGGCGUAGUCAGCAGGAAUGCUUCAGCAAAGCAGCUGAAGCUUAUCGCAAAGGCAAGAAGGAAGUGGCAACUUAUUACGCACAGCAGGGGCAUCUUCAUGGACAGCAGAUGAAAGAGGCCAACCACCGUGCUGCUGUGAGGAUCUUUGAGAGAGUCAACGCCUCACUGUUACCACAGAACGUUCUGGAUCUCCACGGACUUCAUGUGGAUGAGGCCAUUCACCACUUGAAGAGGGUACUGCAAGAGAAAGUGGCAGAGUGCCAGCACAGCGGUGGUAAACCACACCUCUCUGUGAUUACGGGAAGAGGAAACCACAGCCAGGGGGGAGUGGCUCGCAUCAAACCAGCCGUUCUCGACUACCUCGCAAGCCACGGCUUCAGAUUUACUGAGCCGAAACCUGGCCUUGUGCACAUCUUGCUAAGAUGAGGGGUACAGGAUACCAGCAAACCAACUUCUUAGUAUUUUGAAGUGAAUAAAAACACAGGUGCACACUGGUACCUUUCGCCCUUUCGCUGCUGUGUUUUAUAUAUGUAUAAGAAAAGGGGAACCUAAGUACUGUAAAAAAAAAAAAAAAAAUUCUCUCUUUUUAGGGUUUAUGCCACAUUUUAGAGUCCUUUGUUUCAUUUCAUUUUAAACAUUUUUUGAAGCUGUUUUAAAUUAUAUAUCUCACACACACCUGGAAAGGUUCUUCUAAUUCUUUAAAAUAAAACAUUAAAACCAAAUGAGUAUCGACACCCAAAGGUAUUCAAAUUUAUAAUUAAAACAAACAAAAAAAUAAAUAAAUAAAUAAACAUAACCCUGUAAAUGCACGAAGUAAAUAAUGUAUAUGAUGCUGUCCUGAUGUUAGACAACCCUGUUGAAAAUCAAGUUGUUUUCAUGACACAAUAAUUGCACAACCAUUCACAUGCAAAUCAAUGUACCGUUAUAGUCCUGGACAUUAUCAAAUGAACUGUGCCCCUUGUAAGGUGCUACAGUAUCUGCUUUGUUGAUUCUUCUUUGUAUGUAUUAUGUCUUAUGAAGGAAGUGUACUACAUGUCUUUGUAAAUGGCGUUUCAGUCACGUAGUCACUUCAGUCGUAAUCCGAAAUGUAUUUCCAUUAUUGCUUUAACCCUAAUGCUUGCUUUGUUCUCAAAAUAUGGUUCUGUGUAAUAUGGCAGGGAAUUGGGUACCAUUUUAUUUUUUAACAGUUUGUCAGUGUGUUUAACUUGAUUUGUUUGUUUGUUUAUGCUUUUAGUGUGUUUUGAAGAUAUGUUUUAGUUUAAUGUAAACCCAGCUGGUGCUAAGAUUAUGUGAAUUCGAUUGUGGGAAAGCAUAGAUGAUACAGCCGAUGCUCAGUACCAGUGCUUAGUGGGUUAGUGUGAUAUCCUUGUAAAACUUUUCUAAAGCAGGGUUUGAACAUUUAAACUCAUGUUUUAUGGACCAGAUGUACUGCUAUAAUUAACCUACAAUGGAAUAUAUUAUAGUUAAGAUGUAUUUACCUCAUUUGAGGACAGGCUACUUUGUAAUUUUUGGAGCAUGUAUAACUGACAUUUUAAUUAUAUUGUCAUGAUAACUUACUCUAAUUUUGUUAAUCGCAAAAGUUAAGUCUGAAUGUAAUAUAAUCAAAUUGCAUAACUAUAGCUUCUGUUCUGCCCCCCCCCC